AUGUCAAAACAGAGACCGUUCGGUGAGACGACUUUGCGUGGUUGUGCAGGCGCAUGGGGCCCUCCAACGCUGCCGGACCAGGAGCUGAGGCAGAACUUGAGGUGCAGCGAUGCGACUUAUAUCACCUCCACCGUCACCAGCGCGUGCACACGGGGCAGCGACCGUUCAGUUGCGACGAACUGGCAGCCUCGCCCGUCACAAGCGCACUCACACCGGGGAGCGCCCGCGUUCAUCUCCGCGUGCACACGGGCGAACGACCGUACAAGUGCGAUAUUUGCGGACGGCCUCGCUUUUCACUUGGGCAGACACGCACUGGCCGGAGAUAACCCGAUUUCGUCGGGGUUCACCGCCCCCGACGCCCGCUCGCUGCCUCCGACGCAGGUCCAGGUCGAGCGCGAUGCUCGCCAACGCACUUGGUUCUGCGAUAGGGCAGAUGCCUACGACGGAGCAGAAAUAGAGCCCUGGCUGUUUACCGCCUGGCGGAUAAAGUGUAUGUGGUGGGUACUAUUUGCGCGACGCGUUGCUAAGUUCUUUUGCGUGGUUGCGCAGGCGGGAGCAGGCGGCGACACGUCCUCAAGACUGGCAGCGGCGGCAAUGGCCAAAGGGCGGCAAGUCCUGCGCGCCCGACCUCCCGCCAAACAAGCUGCGCUUGAGAUGCGGCAAAAACUGGCCCGGCACGUGCUCCUGCACUCCGGGGAACGGCCCUACAACUUUCGCGCGGACGGACAUCCUCACCCGCCACCAGCGCCUGCACACCGGGCAGCGCCCGUACCGCUGCGACCUGUGCGGCAUGGCCUUCAACCAGGCGGGCAACCUGACGCGGCACAGGCGCAGCCACACGGGAGAGCGGCCUUAGGGGCUGUGCGUGUGGAGGGGGAGACGGUUUUCCUCCAGACAAGCCAACUUAAUGGCCUGUACGACGGAGUGUCUCGUCGUUGGAGUAGGGACAAAUGUGGACUUGGGGAGAGAAGCAAAUAA